CAAGGCCCAACGAGACGUCUUCCGAAACCGCGGCGAACGCGGUCAAAAUCCUGCCCCGCCCAGGCCAAGAGAGAAAGCGACUUUGACAAAGGCGGCCUAUUAAACCCGCAGCUUGGAAGGUGUCAAUCAAACCGAGGGUCAAAGAGUCGGAAAGAGAGCCGAGAGAACCUUGAACGAAAAGCCCGCUUUGCUUCGGGCUCCUCCUUAUGUGACUCACCGGAACCACGUGGGUCCCAUUAAGCGGGGCCGGGCAAAAAGGAAGGCGAAUCCGGCUAGUUGUGGUUGUGGUGGUGGUAGUAGUGAGGGGGGGAAAAGAGAGAUGGAGGCGCUGACUGCGGGUAGCGUGGCGGCGUCUCUUCCAUGCGCGCCCUUGACGCCGGAGGAAUUGUCCGGGCAGCGGAAUUCCCCGAGAGCAAAGCCGAAUCUCGCCAGCUUGGAGGAAAUUAUUGCAGCCAAACCAAACAAAACACCGAUUCAGCUGUUGCUUGAAUAUGGCACAAAAGCUCACCUUAAUCCUGAAUAUGAAUUUGAAAAAGCUGAGGGAGAAGUACACAUGCCCAUUUUCACCUAUAAAGUCACCAUAGGUGACAUCGUUGCAACAGGACAGGGUUCCAGCAAAAAGAUUGCAAAACACAGAGCUGCCGAAGCUGCACUGAAUAUUUUGAAAAGCAGUCCAAAUGUCUG